UGGACGGAGGAGGAGGACGCGGUGCUCCGCGAGGGCGUGCUCCGCUUCGGGACGUCCGCGUGGGAGGACGUGAGCCGCCACCUCCUGCCGCCCGUGCAGGGCGGGCCCCAGAAGCGCCAGGCGCCGGAGUGCGAGGCGCGCUGGGAGGCCGUCGUGCGCCACACGGCCGUCAAGGGGCCCUGGCUCCCCGAGGAGGACAGCCUGCUCCGCCAGCUCGUGAACAAGUUCGGCCCGAAGCGCUGGGCGCUGAUCGCGUCCCACAUCCCGGGCCGCGCGGGGAAGCAGUGCCGCGAGCGCUGGCUGAACCACCUCGACACGCGCGUCAUCAAGAGCGACUGGACGCCCGACGAGGACGCGGUGCUGCUGGAGGCGCAGCAGCGCGUGGGCAACAAGUGGUCCGAGAUCGCGCGGCUGCUGCCCGGCCGCGCGGAGAACGCCGUGAAGAACCGCUUCAACUCGCUCAUCACGAAGCGCCUC